AUGGCAGAAUUACAGGAAAUAGAGAAAAAAGGGCGUGCCAUUAAUGCAAAAUUCGUAGCAUAUAUGGAGAAACAUCGCUUAUAUGAAUUAUUUUACGAAAUAGCAAUUCAAUUAAUGAUUGAAAAACCCGAAGAUCAUGUUGUGUUUAUAAAACAAUACCUUCGAUCUGCUGUUAAGAAGCUUAAUAUUUCUAACAUUAUCCUUAUUGCACCUACAAGUUUUGAUAGAAUCGCCUUAGCUAAAGUUCUUCAGAAAGAAUUGGGGGUACAUCCCUUAACCUUGAAAGAUCUUCGUAACGUUUGCUCUCAACAUGAUGAUGGUUGUCACUGCAAAGAAUCGCAAGAUCUUGCAUAUGCAAUGAGAAAGAUUUUAGAAAACGAAGCUACUAUUCGUGAAAGUGGAUGGAUAUUAGUUGAUUUACCAAGAACAAAAAGAGAAGCACAAAUAUUCCAACGCACUGGAAUAAUACCGACGCACGUGAUACAACUUAUAGUUUCAAAUGACACUGAGAAGUCGAAAAUUUGUACAGAUAUAUUCGCUUAUUGUAAAACAUGUGAGCCUACAAAUACUUCGAAAAAUAUGAAACAUCGUCGUUACUUGAAAAAUUUGCGAGACUUGCGGGAAGUAUACGGACAUUGUUUAAUUGAGGUUGAAGUAGGUAUUAGGACCAUCAAUGAACUUGGAAAAGAUUGUGCAAAAUUAGCAAAAAUAAAAAAACAUUGUGGAGCACCGUCGCUCUUCCGCAUUGCGCUUGUUGGAUCUAGAGGAUCUGGUUGCACCACAUUAGCAAAAUACUUGGCCGAACGAUUCAACCUCGUUCAUAUUGAUUACGAUCAAAUCAUGGAACAAGCACGUUUACAACAAAAUCCUUUAGGAAAAAUGCUUCGGACAUUUGAGGACAAAUGGGGAGGAAGACCCAAACCUGAACUUAGAAUACAAGUCGUUGAAAAAUAUAUAUCUGAAUACGAGUGUUUAAAAAGGGGUUGGGUUUUAACUGGUUAUCCAAAAACCGUAGAAGAUUUUAAAUUACUAGACUUAAAUCCCACACCUCCAAAUAGAGUAAUAUUUGUAGAAGUAAAUGGUGACGUCUGUAGGGAAAGACUGCUUAAUCGUAGAUACAAUUUUGUCACUGGAAGCAAGCAUAUUUUGUCAACAACAAAUUAUGCCGAUAACGAUGACUGUAAAUUAACUGUACACCCGAGAGAUCUCAGGUUAAAUGUUGAACGAGAUCUUCAAGAGUAUGAAGAAAACGUGACUGAUAUGAUGCGGUAUGCAGGCGAAUCUGCGAUAAAAAUCGAUGGUAAUGAAGAAGAAAGAAUCGUUCGAGAACAAAUAGAAGCAAUUAUAAUGCGUCCAAUUUCAUCCUGGCAAUCGAGAGUACCAAAACCUCCACCCCUGAUUGACCCAAUGAAUAUCGAAUUUGAUCCUUGUGACGAACCAGAUUCUAGCGUGUUCGAUAAUAUACGUGCACCUGAGACGACCUACACUUUUAUCUAAUUUAUAACUCCUAUUUUGGUCUUCUAUAGGGAUAGGAAACGGGAUACUCCUAGUACAUCCUGUUAUCCUGAU